UUAAAAUCACGAUGAAUUUAUCUUUAGCCUGAAAUGCAACCUGGAAAGUGCUGGGCAUUUAAAGGCAGCCAAGGUUUUUUGGUGAUACAAUUAUCAUAUACAAUACAAGUGACUGGAUUCACCAUGGAACACAUACCUCUCUCUUUGUCUCCUUCAGGAUCUAUUGACAGUGCACCUAAAGGUUUCCAAGUUUGGGGUCUAGUUUCGGAGAAAGAUAAUGAAGGAAAAUUACUUGGUGAUUAUAUCUUUGACCAAUAUGAAGAUUCUCUUCAAUAUUUUCCUGCGCAGACUACAUAUAGUGAUGCUUUUUCUUUUGUGGAGUUGAAAAUUCUUAGCAAUUGGGGAAACAUGGAAUACACCUGUCUCUACCGAUUUAGGGUACACGGAAAACAACCAAAGCUUUAAACUGUGAUAUGGAUGUGCGGUGAACUGUCCCAGUGUGCCAUAAAUUUUAUACUUAUUAUUUUGUAUAGAAAAAGAGUUUUUAUUGUUUGUAAAAUAAUGUACAGAAUAUUUUGUUAUGCAAAUUGUAGUAAUUAUAAAAUCAAUGUUUUCAGAGUAACUUUGUUG